UCAUGGGUAAUACAUCUCCCUUCCCUUCUCGCCAUGCGGGAGGAGGGACGAUCGUGCUUCAGCAAAUCCUCCUGAAUUUGGACCGAAUGUUGUGAAUCCUCGACGCUUGACGCCCCUGAUCGCGACUUUAGUGGACUAAAACAUCAUUCGUACAAUCUUCGUGUCCGGUUGGAGUCGUCUCGUGCACGUUGAAGCUUCUCGGCCUAGCUUAGUUUAGCUUAGCUUGCUAACAAAGAAACGCGUUUGUGAGCAACACUUCGCUAAGCAGAGAUCAAGCGUGAGAGCAGAAAGUGUUGCGAUCGUCGUGUGAAAAUGUGUGCAAGGAGGACAGCAGAGAACGGGGAGGAACUUUGUGGCCCAAAAGGGGAGAAGGAGCCACAACGUCAACUGCUGGACGCUGCGUUCAAUCUGCAGCCUCGAAUUGUGCUACACAGAGCAGACGUCAGUGAAAAUCUUCAUCCAGAGCGGCAGCAGUCAGUGUCCCCUCACAUCAAAGAGGAAGAGGAGGAUGAAGAGGUUCAACACAUCAAAGAGGAGGAGGAAGAGUUCCUUCACAUUAAAGAGGAAGCGCAGGAGGGAAUCAUCAAGGUUCCAUCGACUGGUGUCCCUUUGAAGAGUGAAGAUGAAGGUCGAAGUGAGGAGAGACGAGGGGCGGAGCCAUCAAACAGCAACAGCUCAAGUAAUGGAGACCACUGUGGAGGAUCACAAACAGACGGUGAUGAUGAUGUUGAUGAACAGUUGGAAGGUGAUAUGACAUGUCACACUACCAGCAAAUGCUGGAAAUGUUCUAAAUGUAGGAAAACCUUUCCUUCUAAGAGCAAUUUCAAACAACACAUGAAAAUACACACUGGUCAGAAAUCUUUUGGAUGCUCAGUUUGUGGGCAAAGGUUCUCUCAGAAGGGAACCUUAAAAGGUCACAAAAGAACGCACUCUGGUGAGAAACCUUUUGCAUGCUCAGUUUGUGGUCAAAGAUUCUCCAUAAAGAAAAGCUUAAAAAUACACACAAGAACACACACUGGUGAGAAACCUUUUGCCUGCACAGUUUGUGGUCAACGGUUCUCUCAGAAGGGAACCUUAAAAGGUCACAAAAGAACCCACUCUGGUGAGAAGCCUUUUGCAUGCUCAGUUUGUGGUCAAAGGUUCUCCCUAAAGAAAAGCUUAAAAAUACACACAAGAACCCACACUGGUGAGAAACCUUUUGGAUGCUCAGUUUGUGGGGAAAGGUUCUCUCAGAAGGGAACCUUAAAAGGUCACAAAAGAACCCACACCGGUGAGAAACCUUUUGCAUGCUCAGUUUGUGGUCAAAGAUUCUCCCGAAGGGGAAGCUUAAAAUUACACACAAGAACACACACUGGUGAGAAACCUUUUCCCUGCACAGUUUGUGGUCAAACUUUCUCUCUGAAGGGAACCUUAAAAGGUCACACAAGAACACACACUGGUGAGAAACCUUUUGCAUGCUCAGUUUGUGGGCAAAGGUUCUCUCGAAAGGGACAUUUGACACUUCACGCAAGAACACAUACUGGUGAGAAACCUUUUGCAUGCUCAGUUUGUGGGCAAAGGUUCUCUCGAAAGGGACAUUUGACACAUCACGCAAGAACACACACUGGAGAGAAGCCUUUUUCCUGCUCAGGUUGUGGUCAAAGAUUCUCUCGUAAGGCUCUGGUUAAGACACACAAGUGUCCUGGUGAGACAAGCAGUGAUCAAGAAGAAUAACUGAAAUAUCACACAGCCAUAAGUAUUCAGACCACAGCAAAGGGUCUGAAUACUGAUGGCUGUGUGAUAUUUCACUUCUUCUUUUUUCAUAAAUCAGCAAAAAUUUCAACCAUUUUUUUUUUCUGUCAAUAUGGGGUGCUGUGUGUACAUUAAUGAGGGAAAAAAAUAAGUGAUUUUAGCAAAUGGCUGCAAUAUAACACAUAUAAAAUUUAAGGGGGGUCCAAAUACUUUCCGUACCCACUGUAUGUAUCGAUCAAAUAUAUGUAUAGAUCACAAAUUUGUUUCUGCAGAUGGCAUUGAGUGACAGAUGUGGACUGUCCCAAUGUCGCACGACCCAUAACGAAGGUCUCCUGUCCCGAAACUGCGGCUGAUCUGAUUUGAGCUUAUAUGAUCCAUAAAAGCUAAAGUUUGAAGCUGUCAUGGGUAGAAAUGUCUGCAUAUAUUUUGGUGAUGAUUGUUGACAGUUGUGGGACAUGAAGCCACGUUUCUUGGGUUCAUGCAUGAGCCUUGCAAGGAUGUGGUGCUCGCCCGGCGUGUUUGUGUCAUUUUAAUGAUGGCGUCCUUAUCCAUCCCAAUCCAUAAGUUUGCGUUUUUUAUUUUUUUUGUUUGUCAAGCACAUUAAAGUCGUGAUUGAACAUAAUUUCGGGGUACGAGCUGUUGUUCAUGUGAUGCAAUGGUAUAUGACAGCAAUGUAAGAUAUACAACGUAAUACCAGCUUGAACAAGGCGGUGUUUGGAAACCCAAGCAAUUUCCUGAAAAGUUGUCAUUUUGAAGGUGAGGGGAUUCUACCUGACAGCUGCGAUAUACAAAUAUGACCAAUGACUGCCACUUCAUAGUACGGUACAUUCCUUUCCCCACACCAGCUAUGCCAGUGCUUUUCAAUUUUGUUGAUGAAAAAGGGGCGUUCAAAAGGGAAUUAGUUAUUUACCAAUUGCUCCAAAAUGUAUUGAUAUUAUUGGAAAUGAGUGCCAGUUUCAUUUUCUUGAGCAUGCAUGCAUUAUGUCAAAUUUUUAGUGAUGUCAAUCUCAAAUAAGUGAAUGAUUGAUUGAAAUAGACUGGAAAAAAACUGACUUUU